UACUCCGAGGUCAUGUCCCGACGGCAUAGAAAUGUGCUGCCUGACAACUUGCCGCAGCUGCAGAACCUCAUUAAACGAGACCCACAAUCAUAUGAAGAAGAGUUCUUGCAGCAGUAUCGUCAUUAUCAGGCGCAGCUUCAAAUAUUUCAGUUGAAGCCUUCGGACAACUACAAAUCUCUGGCUGAAGUUGUCACUUUCAUCUGUCAGGUAACACAGUGUUAUCCUCAACACUUGGCUGACUUUCCACAAGAGAUUAUAAAUCUAUUAAAGCGACAUGGCAGACUACUUGACCCUGAGUUGCGAAUGACACUGUGUCGAGGGCUAAUCAUGAUCAGGAACAAGGGACUUGUGCGUCCCAUAAGACUAUUUGAGUUGUUUUUUGAGCUGUUUCGUUGUCAAGACAAACUGCUUCGUAAAACAUUAUAUCUGCACAUUGUUAGUGACGUCAAGAAUAUCAAUGCAGGUCAUAAAGACAAUCAACUAAAUACUCAGUUGCAAAACUUCAUGUACACAAUGCUGAGAGAUAGCAGUUCUGUUGCUGCUAAGAUGUCUCUGGAUGUGCUAACCGACCUGUACAAGAAAAACGUUUGGCACGAUGCUAGGACUGUGAAUGUGCUUUCCACUGCUUGCUUAUCUUCUGUGACCAAAGUGAUGGUAGGAGCUAUGAAGUUUUUUCUUGGUGCUGAUGAGGAAGAAGAAGAAAGUAGCGAUAGUGACGAGGAUAAGCCAACAGCCAAAGAGCUCGUGUUCAAAGACAGAGUAAACAAGAAAACACGCAAAAGAAAGAGAAAGCUUGAUAAGGCCAUGACUGUCCUGAAGAGGCACAAAAAGAAGAGAAAACGUUCUGAUACAUCCAGUUUCUCCGCUUUACAUUUGCUGUAUGAUCCUCAAGAUUUUGCUGAAAAGUUGUUUAAACAUCUGGAGAAAUCAAAAGAACGAUUUGAAGUCAAGCUGAUGAUGCUAAACCUCAUCAGUCGCCUCAUUGGCGUUCACAAGCUUUUCCUAUUUAAUUUUUAUCCAUUUAUUCAAAGAUUUUUGCAGCCACAUCAGAGAGAAGUCACUAAGCUGUUGAUGUACAGUGCACAGGCUUGUCAUGACCUUGUGCCAUCCGAGGUGGCAGAGCCGGCACUGAUGGCUGUUGUUAACAACUUUAUUACUGAGAGAAAUUCAAGUGAAGUGAUGGCUGUGGGUCUUAAUGCAGUUCGUGAAAUGUGCGGACGUUGUCCAUUGAUUAUGAAGGAGGAUCUGUUGCGGGAUCUGGCUCAGUACAAGUCACAUAGGAGCAAAAAUGUAGUCAUGGCCGCUCGUUCACUUAUUCAACUGUACAGAGACAUUCAUCCAGAUUUGUUACACAAGAAAGAUCGAGGUCGUCCCACUGAAGCAGCUGUAGGUAGAAAGCCUUUGCAAUAUGGAGAAGUGGCAGCAACAUCGUUUGUACCAGGGACAGAGCUGUUAACUAAAAAGGAUAUGAAACAUGAUGAAACAAAUGAAGUUCAUAUCAGUGAUGAUGACGAAUUGGCACAAAGCGAUGAAGAGUGGCAGUCCAUAAGCGACUCAGGAGAUGAAAUCAUUCUCAACGAUGACACCUCAGAUGAAGCAGACAACAAUGAAGAAGAGGACAUUCAAACUGACAGUGAAGACACUAAAAACGAACAAGAAGACAAAGACGAAACAGAAACAGAAACCAUAGUGGAACCAACACAACACGUUGCUGCAGAAGAGAUCAGUCAAAUGAGACUGUUGACACAGGAAGACUUUAAGGUUAUUCGUAAGAGACAACUGGAGAAGGAAAUAGAACCACGGCUGGCAAAGAAACGUAAGAUGAUAAACCUUGACACGGAGGACAGAACAAGAGGCGAAUUUGUGUCGCUGGAAAAUAUAGAGAGGGUACACAAGAGUGCAAAGCUGGACAAGCAAGCCAGACUUGCUAGCAUUAUGGCAGGAAGGGAGGGUCGCCCAAAGUACAAAGGUGGCAGGAAACGCCGAAACGAAUUUGCAAGCACGUCACACAAAGACAAGCAGAAAUCAAAAAACUUCAUGAUGAUGAAAACAACUCGUAAAGUGAAGCGAAAGUCUCGACGGUCGUUCAGAGAGAAACAGAUUGCUCUGAGAAACUCACUCAUGAAGACCAAGAGAUCCAAUAAACGGAAACAUUGAGGUACAAAUGUUAUAGGUUGUAAGUAAAUGAUUACUAUAUAAACAAAAAUGGAAGAUAUACAGACUUUUGUGAAGGCAAUUCAAACUGGACACAAACAGCAUUUACAAACUAGAAGCCAUUAAUGAUGGGAUUACACAACCCGCAUGCCAACUGUAAAGUGCACGUGUUUUUGUUUGGGUGACCUUGACCUUGACCCUGAGUACCAUUUUCGAACUCAUCCAAGAUUUUGGCAAGGUCUUCGUAUUCUGAAAAUGUUUUAGAUGUUGCUGUUAUCAUUAUUGUGAUAGGACAAAGUGGUUAGCUAUUUGCUAUAGUAUUGUAGCUUAAAUUUGAAAAUAUGUAUUGGACAGACAAACAGACAGAUUCAAUUGCAGAAAAUGUAGUAGAGUUUUGAGAACACUAUUAGCGAUCAGUAGUUUGUGUUUCAUUGUAAUAGCUGUGAUUUAUGAAAUAUACAUGUACUACCAUUGACAAACAGACGGACGGACAGACAGACAAACAGACAGGCAGACAGAAUGAAUGGCUGUAGUUGUAAUGAUGGAGUGAUACUUGGAAAAUUGCAGAAGAUAACAGGAGGUCGGGGAGAUGGGGUCAUAGGUGAAGAAUUGGAUGUGCAAUAAUGAAUAUAGUUAGUUAAUUACAUACAGUUGAGUAGUAGUUGACUCUUUGUGUUUGAUCUAAAUGGCAUAGGCAGUUUAGUCAUUUUCUAGAGACAAGAAUUAAUGUAUAUUGAUGUUUGUAAUUUGUAAUUGUGCUUAAAAUGUAUUGAAAAAGUCAAGACACACAAACACACAGACAAACACCUGAAAACAUUACAACCUCGCUCCACUGUGAUAUAGAUUGCAACUAACAGACAGCGGGAUUUUUUCAUUGGGCCAGACUGUCCUCAUAGCAAUAACUAUUGUUUGUGGCCUCUCCUACACUCUCGUGUGUUACUGAAAGAUUCUCUUGCCAUCCUUGGGUGGCAUCAUUCCCAGAUUUAUGUUCCUCUGCUGCAUGCUGUGACAGAGAGGAGAAUCUGGAAUGACCAACGCAAGACCCAUUUGUUUAAUACAUACGGUCAAUUCAGAGUUAUUCGACCCUCACCACUACCACUAGUACUGAGACUUGGUGUAAAAUAUUGAUCACCACAAAGUAAAUGUAAAGCAGCU